AUCUCAGAGCGGUUGAAGGUUAUGUCAUUUGUAUAACAUGGCGUCGAGCGAGAGUGGUGAUUUUCAAAAAGUGUUGGAGUAUCGGAUUUACAAAUGCUCCAGUUAUUCUUCCUGUUAUAUACCCGAGAAUAUCAUCGUCGAUAUACCGUCGGAUCAGACUUCACGUUGGUCCUCUGAUAUCGACAAUCAUCCACAGUACCUUAUUCUUAAACUUCAAAGUCCUUCUAUUGUCAAAUACAUCACCUUUGGUAAAUAUGAAAAAACGCAUGUAUGUAAUAUAAAAAAGUUUAAGAUAUUUGGUGGAUUGGAACCAGAAAACAUGAUGGAACUUCUCGAAAGUGGACUGAGGAACGAUUCAAUACCAGAGACAUUUGAUUUAAAGCAUGUUUUGGGAAAUGGAGGAAAUUGCUUUCCCAUUCGAUACAUAAAAGUGCUUCCUCUGCAGUCUUGGGGUCCUAGUUUCAACUUUUCCAUAUGGCAUAUUAGACUAACCGGUAUCAAUGAGUUCAAGAUUGUAAGGCCUUGUCUCGAGUGGUUCAACAUGUAUCGGCAAAAGGAGAUAAUACGACUAUGUAUGAAACACUUUCGACAAAUGGAACAACCAGAGAUUGUUGAGACUCUGCAGAGGAUAACUGGCGUUCCAUUGGAGGAUCCACGACUGUCGACGUUGUACAAUUUAUUGGUCACUAAGGGAGAUCAUAUGCAGGCGGAACGUUUCAUCAGCAAUGCGCUCUCGACGGGGCUCUUAAGCGAUUAUAUCAAUGCUCAAACUUAUAGAGCAAUUUGGACAAAGUUAUCAUCUAGCGAGCCCAAGCCCGGAAUGCGGGGCGGCCAUCAGAUGGUACUCGAUCCUACAGCCGAGGUACUUUACCUCUUCGGUGGAUGGGAUGGUAAUCAGGAUCUUUCCGACCUAUGGUCUUACGAUAUAGAAGUCAGCAAAUGGACGUUGAUAUGCAAGGAUACCGAAGCGAUGGGUGGCCCGAGCGCGCGUUCGUGUCACAAGAUGUGCCUAGAUCCACAAAGACGACAGCUCUUCACGUUAGGCAGGUAUCUGGACACACAAUAUCGGACAUGUGAGAAUCUGAAGAGUGAUUUUUAUGUUUACGACAUUGAGUCGAACAAAUGGACGCAGAUCUCAGAGGAUACAGGAACUAUGGGCGGGCCGCCGCUUGUAUUCGAUCAUCAGAUGUCGAUGGAUGUAGAGAAACGCACCAUCUACGUAUUCGGCGGACGAGUACUAGCUCAUCCGACAAAUGCUGACGAACACGGUCUAAUACCAGAACCGCACUUCUCGGGAUUGUAUUCCUAUCAUGUGCCGACUGGGACUUGGACUAGACUCGCCUGUGAUAUCGCCGAUAAAUCGUGCUCGAAAGAUAUGCCGAUCUACAGAUCCCGCGCCGGUCACUCUAUGCUGUUCCAUCCGCGAUCGAGAAAGUUGUACAUAUUCGCAGGUCAGAGAGGCAAGGAAUAUCUGAGUGACUUCUUCACUUACGAAGUCGAUACGCAGCAUAUCGAGUACAUAAACUACAAUGAGUUUGGCACAACCAAAGAAUCUAGUCACGUUCCCGCGGCCGGAUUCACACAGAGAGCAACCAUGGAUCCUGAACUCGGCGAAAUUUACGUUUUAUCGAAACAACACAAUAUUUCUCAGGGUCUGAGCAAGGAUAAGGAUAAGAGGGACGACAACGUGCAAAACUCUUUCUGGGUAUAUAAUAUCCAGAGCAGCAAAUGGUCAUGCAUAUAUCGCAACGAGAACGUUGGCGAAAAAUAUUGGAGCAAAAUGCAAGAUUACGAGCCGUGUCCGAGAUUUGCGCAUCAGCUUGUUUAUGAUCCCACAAGGAAGGUUCAUUUUCUAUUCGGCGGCAAUCCGGGCAGGUCUUGUUUACCAAAUCUGCGUCUCGAUGACUUUUGGCAAUUGGAACUGCGCCGGCCUACGGGUGAACAAAUCUUGAAAAAAUGCAAACUGAUCAUUAGAACGCAUAAGUUCAAGGAACUCGCCUUGAGCAACAGUAUAGAGGCUCUCGAGUAUCUGCAGACGAAAAUCUUUGAAAUUAUCGAUCACAAUGAUACACAGCAAACGAGAGAGUUUCAAUUGUUGACGUCAAUUUUAUUCCGGAUACAAAAUAAUUUGUCAGAAGACGCUUCCCAGUCGAACACAAUUUUGAAUGAAGUAGCGGCCGGCACGACAACGGCGCAGGAAGGUACGAACGUAGAGCGCGAUGUACAUAAUUUGCGAACCGAGCUCUAUGACAAACUUGUGGAAUUCUUCCCGGAAUCGUUGACGCAACCGCGAGCGAAUCUGAUCGAUCUUUUGCCGUUAUAAUGGACGCAGCGACGUGGGUCGUAAGACUCUAAACAAAAUGACAAAAUGUUCUCUAGUGCAUUAUUUUUUUCUUUUUUCGUUCUUGCUGUUUGAGACGAGAAUUUUGUUGUCACAAUUCUGCUGAUCGAUGACGGACUUUGCCAUACUUUUACUGGUGCGAUUUGUUUUUUUACCUUGGAUAUAUUAUACUUAAUCGCGGGAAAAAACUGUUGCAGCACGUUGGUAAAGCUGCUUUGAACAAUUUUAUUUAUUUAUUUUUUUUUUGUUUUUACGAAAUAAAUUAUUAGAAUUGUU